AUGUUUGAAGAGCCACAAGCUAAGCGCGUUCGCCGCGAUGAGAUGCGCUCUCCGGCGUCGUCCCGCUCACCAUCGCCAGCACCUGAUAAUUCUGCGGCUCAAGAUGCUUACGCCAGAUUGGGGAAGCUGCUCAACCUCGAUCACUUGAACGAUGCACUGGAAUCUAAUGAACAAGACAAUGGCCCCUCUCAGCCCGCCGACGAGGAUGACGAGCAAGAAUUCGAAUUCCGGCUGUUCAGCGCCCCCGCCAAGUCCACAGAAACGACCAAAGAAUCACAAACAGACGCCAGUAAAGAUAAGAAUCCUACAGAUACUGGUUCGAAGCCCACCGGCACAACACAAAAGCUACGAAUCCGGCUUCAUUCACCAACCCCCGGCACUGGCGACCCCUCGAAGGCUGGAUUCGUGAAGGCACACCGUAAUUGGGAUUAUUACUUCUCCACUCCUAUACUGUCAUCUGUAAACAGUGGUGAGAUCAGCCCGGAAGAAGUCGUUCAGCUGGCCGAAAAGCAACAACAAUUCGAGAAUAUGGCCGUCAGUGGUGAUCAUGUGCUUGGAUGCGCGCAGUCACAGCCAUGGCCCGGGUGUCAUCUCCCAUGGCGCGUAAUCCACCUCAAGCGUCACCAAACCAAAACACCUCGACCAGCUGGAAGUCUUCCAAUCUACGUGGUGGAAGGUGCUCCUGUUACCAAGAGUCCACUCACGCGAAAGAAGCCUGGAAAGAAGAGACGUGUUCAGCUACGCAAGCGCGUUGUUGCGGCCCAGGUAGCAAAGGAAAAUGAUGCAGAGAAGCGCACCCGUAAAAACCGCGAGAGAAAGCUCAAGCGCAGACAAAAAGCCCGAGAACAGAAGGCAGCAGCAGCUGGUGUUAGUGUCGAGGACAUUGCUAUGGCUGAGGAUGGUGCCUCAUCUGGCGGAGAGAACUAA